GCUCGAGGGGACGUGUCAAAGAUCGCAGUGUCAAGAGGAUCAAGUUCAUGACAGUGGCAUUUUCUGCUUUUAUUGUCAGUUAGAGAUGGGUCGUAAAGAUGUUCAUACGCACAGUCUUCCUGUUGACAAAUAUAGGAAGCAAAUUGGAACUCAGUACAAAAAGAAAACCAAUGUUGAUGCCAAGGUGCUGAAGAAGAAUACGGAGAUGAAAAGCAACUCUCCAAAGCUUUAUCAAGAUAUUAAAGUUGUACUGAGUGGCUUUGCUGGAAUGGUCCUUCUGAGCUACUUGCUACUGUACCUGUGGCUUGUUAACAAGAAAGUGGAGUAAACACUGUCAUAUGAAUUGUUAUACAACACAUUAUGCACAUAGAGCAAUUGUUAACUUUUAUAAUAAGCAAGAUUUUCAGUGCUCAAUAUAUAAUGCAUACUUGUGGAGUUGAUGUAUAGCAAUAUUCACUGUAUUUAAUACUGAGUAGAACAGUUUUACCAAAGUAUAAAAUACCUUUGAACUAUGCAGGAUAGAGAAUUGGGUGCAAAUAGGUUUAAAAGUAUUUGGAACAUUUAUAAUGUAGGGAAGUAAAUUUUACAUAUUCUUAAUCCACAGCAUAGCAAUAAUAACCUUUGGAAACUAAUACAUUCAAUAUUUUACACACUACUGAUAGUUCAAAUGAUGAUAUUAGUGGUUCUGUUUGGGUACUUUUUUGAUGUAGGAAUUAUCUGGUGCUUAUUUAAUACUAGUCUUUAUGGGCAUAUUAUGUAGUUUUUAUGUGUUGACAUUCUCUUGGUAUAAUUAAAUAAAGAGCAGAUGAAUGUCUGCAAAUGGAGAUAGAUAUCUUAAUCAUUUAUUUAAAAAAAUACAUAAUGACUAACAUAAUUUUUAUGAUAAAACAGAACCUUUCAAAUGGCUUUCUACUUUUUAGUCAGUCUAAUACCAAAGCUUUUUUAUUUAUUCUGAUGUUUGUCUUGGGCAACUGUAUUUCAAAGGCAGCGGAAAUUUUUGCAAAGAGGUUUGCUGUAAUGUUUUAUUUUUUAUUAUUUAUGAAAAAAAAAAAAUUAUAUUCUAAUUCAAGGAUAAUAAUAUGCAAGAUAUCUGAUUCUUAUUUAGAUUAAACUAUAUCACUAUAUUAAUUUUGAAUUUUAUUGUACUGAAGAUAAAUAUGUCUUUGUUAGAACCAAUGUUGUGACACUAGUUGAUUUGGUAAAGGGAAAUUUUAUUUUGUUACAUUUUAUCUGUAAAGUAUGUUUUCGUAAAAGUAGUAUUUUUGGUAUAAAUAUAUUUAGUUUAUAAGUAAUGGUAAAUUAUAAAACACAAAGCAGUAAAUUACCAUUGUUAUAUUCUUUGUUAUUCCGAUGUGGAAUCUGAAUAGUAGUGAGACUUUGGGAACAAAUAUUUUUGUGAUAAAAAGGAUUAUGCACAAAUAUAAUAUGUAAGGUACAUUUUCUACGGGAAAGAUUUACCACUGAAGUUUUUUUUUUAUAUUAUGCAAUAAAUAAUAAAUUAUA